AUGAAACGCAAGAAACGGGAGUUCGACCGUGACAACACCGACCAAGAGCAACGCGUUGCCCUCGCUCUCGAUUCUGUACCGAGCAAAGAUCGGGACUCUUCGCGCUGCACGAACGAAUCCCCGGAAUUGGUGGAGAUAAAGUGCGAGCGCGAGGCCCGCGGGGGGCGUGGACCGGGGCGCAACGAGGCGAGGGAAGAGAGAGACAACGAAACGGGCGAAGGUUCCGACGCGCCCUUCUGCACGAAUCCUCCACCUGGCCACGGACAGAGACGGAGUGCAGACGCCCCGUCGUCCGUUGAAGGUCAAAAGAACUUCCAAUCGCAUGCUCUUCCAGAGAAGAGAGAAGAAAGACGAGAAGGCGCGUGGGGAGACGAGAGGCCACGGAACCAGACAAACGAGAGAAAUGCGUUGUUUGCGCACGGACACUCCAUGGAGGACCGUCCGGGGGCUGCAUGCGCGUGGCAGUCGAAGCUGGGGCGCGGCAGUCAGUAUUACAACGAGGCGAUGAACGACAUCUUUGAGGAGCGCGACGAAGAGCGAGGGAGGCGCCACGUGCCGCGAAGGCGCAAGGGAACCGGCGAACACCCCCGCGAGGCUGACGCGCACUCGCUCUGCUCUUCGCGGUCUCGUGCGUCACAGCGGCCCGAAGGUGAACUAGGGCGGGAAAGAAAGCCCCGACACGAAGAAGGCGAGACGGUCGGAGGCUCCAGAGAGAUGGAGAUCGCGCCUGGACUCGCGGGUCGGACGCGGGGAGACAGAGCCGGCGGAAGGCCCCGGGGGCGCGACGGCGAGAGCUCCGACGCCUCGCUCGCGCGCUCUGGCGAAGAGACAGGCGAUCAGUUCCUUCUGUGGGAUGUGGGGCUGGACCCAGGUAGGCGCCGCCCAGACGCGAGCUUCGGAGACGCUCGCCAAUCGCAACGAUGGCGCAAGGGCCUUUUUUCUCGCCGAGCUUCUCGCUGGCUCUCCUACCGCCGAAAAGCGUCUUUGGAGAAGGAUGAAAGGGAUGCGGCGGGCGAGACUGCGAGGAGACAGAGGAGAGAGACGUUUGGAAGAAGGCGAGGGGACGGGGACGACGGGCGUGGCGCCGCUUUUGCAGCCCACCGGAGCUCCGAUGAGGGGAAAACGCGGGGAGUGUCCUUCGCUUCCGAGGCGCGGGGAAAGAAGAGAGAGGACGCGUCAGACUCCUCUCCAAAACCGAGCUCCGGCUGCGCCGACUUUGCUGUCGAAGACCCGCUCGCGUUUGUCCAGCACGCGCCGUGGGAGGACUCGUCUCCCGGGGACUCCCCGAGGAGACAGAGAGGCCGGCAUCCCUGGAACACAGACAGUCGGUCGUUCUGGGUCGAGGCCACGCGGUUUCCGUUCUUCCGGCUGAGAAGGCACGGGGCUGGUGGAGCGGAGACGUCGCCGUCUGCGUCCGAGGCAGAGCGGGUCUCGGGGCACCGCGGUGUGCGCGGAGAAACGCGCGGAGAGCGAGACAAGGACCGUGAGCGCCUCCGUGGGGGUCGAGGCGAGGCCGCCGCAGAGGAUCAGCGGGACUGCCGCGCGCGGCGGGGAACAGAAGGAGGGGCGUUUGGCGAAGGCCGCAGAGGGGAGGACGGGGAACGCAGCGGCGCGCUGUGUGCGCCAGAGCGAGGGACAGCUGAGGGCCUUGAGAGAAGAGACGUGCAAAGCGGGGAGAGAGAAGCGGAGGGACGAGCGGACGCAGAGGGCGAUGUGGGUGUCGAACACGAGGCGAGGAAGGAGCCCAAGCCAUUUCUCUCGGUUCUCACAGAGUCACGAAACGUUGCGCCGCGGGAGUCUGCCGGCCCGGUGGACUCUCCUCGUUCUUCCGGACUUUGCGACUUCCCCGAGACGGCGGCGGUCUCCAGGAGCUCCCUCACGCCUUCGCUUUCCUCGCUGGCUUCUCCGACCUUCGCGUCGAGGGCCCUCGAGGCACAGGCCUCCGACAAACCCCCCGCGCGGACCAGCACAGCAAAGGGGCGUUUUUUUGACUUGCCUUUUUUCUCGGCUCAGCCGACGCCGCCCGCCAAGGAGGCGACGUCCUCGCAGCGAGGGUGGUUGGGGCGUGCGCUCGCCUCGCUCUUUGCUCGGCCUCGGCUUCGCGCGCGCGCGUGGGAAAGCGAUGACGCGUCAGGCGUCGCCUCGACUCUCCUCACUGUCGCCGAUGCCGCGGACGCAUUGCCGGCGAGGACGCCGCUUCCUCCUCUCCACGUGGAGCGAGUGCGGCCGGCUCUGCGGUCCCACGUCCUCAUUCAGAUUCAGCGAGGUUCGCACAAAAUCCUCGAGCUCCAAGUGGCGGAAGUGCUUCGCCGGAUCCACGACCAGUGUGCAGAGGACGAGCGGAUUCAGAGGGAGGCACGGCGAGAACGCGAGAAACAAAGAGAGGCUCGGAGACGCCGCCGAAGACGGCGCGCGAAAGCCCGGGCGGCGCGACGCGCCCGAGAAGCCGAGAGAGACGACCGCGGCGAAGGCGGAAACCCGCCUCUCGGUCUGGAGACAGGUGCGGCGGGGGGUGUCCGGGGAGCCGCGGAGUCCGCGAGGCAAAGCAGGCGCGAGUCCUGGUCCUCGCAGCCGUCCUCGCCGUUUUCCAACGAAAGCGACACCAGUGAAGGCUCCACCUUCUCAGAUAUCUCCAGUGGAGACGAGACGCCCAGUUCACGGGCGUCGCCGCGAUCUUCCCCUCGACGCGCGACGUCUGGGGUCUGCGAGGGCUGUUCCUCGCCUCGGCGGCGAGGCGAGGAACCGCAUGCACGUGCAGGCGAGGAGGCGGGAAGAGAAGGCAAGAAAAGGCGAGACGAGCCGUGCUGUGGGAGAGGCGGCCGAAAGCCGUGUGGCUGCCGGGGCCAUCCUCGACGAGGACCGGAGGAGUGUCGAAGACGAGGCCCUCGAGUCUGUGGAGAGGUUUGUGCCCACAGCUCAGAUCCUGUUUUUUGUUCGAGGCAUUUCUGCUACUGCGCGACGGCGGCUGCAUGCAGAGACAGCUGGGCAUGCAGCGCGCGCGACGAGCGAGUUCGUCGCCUCCGGACGACUCCUUGCUGUCCGCUGAACCACCGCAGUCCGGCGGUGAGCACCACUGGGCGGCUCACGUACCGCGACUGCAGACAGGCCUUCACUGAUGGGUACCCCAUUCCUUCGAUCGAAGUUCGCCGCCAUGUCAUUCUCGUUUGUCUCCCUCCCGUCACCUGCUUCGUGAUGUGGAACUGCGUAUACGUGGUCAUGAGCGACGAACUGGAGCCGGACCGCCUCAUCUCUCAGUUGUCGAAACUGUCGCAUUUCUACGGGACUCUGGAGGAGAAGCGGCUGCUGCGCAAACGCGAAGAGACCGGCCCGAGUGUUUCCUCGCCCGCUUCGCUCUCUCCGGGGCUGGGCAAAAGCGAAAACGGAGGCCGCCCAAGAGACGGGGACGCCGCGGACUGGGGCGGAGACGUCGAGCGCAGCCCGGGAGACAGAGGGCGACUCCAGGAACAGGCAACCGAACAGGCUGCAGACGAGUCAAGAGACGAGCGCGAACGCCGUCAACAGCGUCUGCCUGCGGCGCCUCGCAACCCGCGACUCCGGGAAGCAAGACAGGCCACCGCACGCCGGAAGGCCUCUUCGCCUCUCCGUCCGACGGCCCUCGAGGCUCGCGAGGAGCCCGACGCGCCCGAGGGCCGGUCGCCCGGAGGCGAAGACCUCGCGGGAAGCAGCGACUCCUCGGAGACAGGCGAUUUGCCUGGCUACGUCUCGCCGACUACCUCCGUGUGGAGCCGCCGUCGGAAGGGCGAGGCGGGCACAAGGCGACGCAGAGACAGCUCGGGCUCCAAGCACGCACACCCUCGGAGAAGGAGAACGAGGGGGGAUCGUCCGGACUCGAACGGACAGACCGGCAGCACGCCGCAGUCGUUGCCUUUCGAAUUCGCCGCUCUCGAGUGCAUAUUCUUCGCCGCGUUUCAACAACUCAAUUCGGACAUUCUCUACUUGGAGCGAAAGUUCGCCGACACACGCCAGAAGACCGCGAAGAACACGGAAAUUUCUUCCAUUCUGAUGGAGGGCCUCCACUCGCUCAAGGAGCCUGUCGCCUUCUAUCAGGAUCGCGUCAACGCCUUCGACAAGGCCUUCGACGAGCUGUUGCUCAACAGCGCGGAUCUCCACAGAAUGGAACUGACAAAUUUGCAUGAAAAUCCGGAUUUGUACGGCGACGACCCGAACCGAGACCAAGUAAACCCCGAUUUGGAGAUUCUCCUCGAAUACUUUGACCAGGAAAUGGAUCAGUUCAAGGUUCGCGUUCGGCAUUUGAAGGAAGGCAUUGAAAACACGGAAAGACUCAUCUCCCUCCGUCUCGCCCUCAUGCGCAAUCGCCUCAUCCGGUGGGAACUGGCGGCUGCCGUCGUCGCAGCGGGCCUGGCCAUCGGCACCUGCAUUUCCGGCCUCUUUGGGAUGAACUUGGAAAACGGAUUCGAGGACGGCAAGGCCUCGAGUCACGACAUCUUCCUCACUGUCUCCGGCAUUGUGACUGCUGUCGCCCUCCUCUCGAUUCUUGUCGUCGUGUAUCUGAUAAAAACAACGGUGCUCUGA